AUGGAAACUUUCCACAUACUGCACCUAGCUGCAAGUUGGCCGUCUGACACACCCUCCGUACAUAUCGCAUCUGCCCCGCUCAGCACCCUGUCGGUCUCACCCGCCGUUUCAUCUUCCCAUCUACCAUCUGCUCAGAUGCAGCCAGCUGGCGCAUUGCCCUCUGCACGCAAUGGUAAGCCUCUUGUACCGGGACCGCGCAUAAGAGCCGCUGCUGCGCAGAUGGUGUUCGCCUCUCGCACGUCGCAGGGUUUCAUCACCCCACAGCAGGUCAGAGACGUCGAGGCGUGGGCGGGUCGGGCGGUGUUGGAGGCACUGACAGGCUUUGUGAUUGACCCAGAUAGAUUACACGAUGAGGAGGGGAGUGUAUGGGAACUGAACUACGCUAGCGCGAGAAUGACGUCGUACAAAUUGAAUUUUAGAAAAACAAACAAGACGCUUCUGAACUCGCUUCUGGGAUCUAGCAAGCUCCCUACGUCACUGUAUCACAGGUCUCGUGCGAUCCACUUUACUUGGCACUGCUUUGACGAGCUGCAUCCAGCCUUCGCACAACUUGUGUCAAUUUCGCGCUCUUCAGGUGGUUGGCUAUGGAGCAACGCAGCAAUCCCCUCUUGGAACGCCAGCUUUCUCCCUCCCUCUCAGCCUCGAACAUUCCCAGUACCGGAUCUCUACUCACUUGUUACGUGGUGA